UGUCUACACACACACACGCACGCGCAAACGCACGCACAAGACGUAGACUUGCAGUCGGACUUUCGUAGAAUCUUUGAGGCACCUGAUGCCAAAGUCAGUUGGACGCUGCAGUUCUGUUCCUCUUUGCUCUGUGGGCAGUGGGAGCAGCUGAAGUUCUCAUUAGGACUUUAGUGAAAGCGCGCAUGGGACGUAAUACGAGUGUAGUGUUUGGACUUGAACUUUUCUCUUUAUUUGUGGUUUUACCAUACGUGCGUUAUGCAUGCCUGGAGCCGCCUCGUUUUUGGACUUUGCGCACGACGCAGCAGCCAAUUUGAAGAGGCUUCUAAACACGGGGCGGACAAACUGACACUGUGAGGAGACAAUUUUCCAGCGUUUUCCUCGUUUGGAACUGCAUUACAAUCAAGAUGUCAAUCGGAUAUUCAACAUGAAGACGGGCGUCUAAUCCCUCUCUCCUCCAAAAUGAAAGAAAUGGGCUUCACAUUUCUUUCUCUUCAUUUUUCAGUCAAGGAUGACGACAAACAAUCAGAAAACAUCUUUGAUAGAGGUUGCAGUACAUUUUUCUUAAUAGUUAUUUAGAAUUUGUAACCGGGAGAAGUUUGCAUAAUUUAUCUUCCAUUCUUUUAGAAGAAUGAUACACGUAUUGCCAUUUUUCCUUUUAAACUAAGAUAUUUUUGCAUUUUUGGGUGGAUUUUCCCCCCACCAUACCACUCCAAGAAACAUGUUGCAUACCCUUGUGCGUCUGUCUGUGGCGUUACUUUUGAGAGUGGCCGACUGCCGAGUCGUAGAGGGAUUGCAGAGAUAUACUUCAAUCCCCACAUAUCUGCCUGUCAACUACCAGGUGCUCAACACUGACUUGGCAUUUUUUCUCAAAGAAAGCAAUCAAGACUUCAUGAGGAACUCUAGCCUGAUGUCACGCACUGAGCCUUUCUUCAUCUACCAGGCCAGGAAUUUACCCUCAGUCAACUCCAGCUACGGGCCCCUCUCUGUGGAGCAGCCGGUCCCUUUAGAGCUCCUCCAGAGCCCAGGGGCCUUUCCUGCAUCAUCACUUUUUACUUUCAAUUGGAAGGUUCAGACCUUUAUCAUGAAUACAAAGAUUCACCUGGCCAAGCCCAAAGUCCAGGUUCUGUUCUACAUUGCAGGCAGGGACUGGGAUGACUACAGUGCCAUUAACAAGCUUCCCUGCGUGCACAUGUUUGCAUUUCAUGAGACCCAAGAAGUUCACGGCACUUGCCAGCUGAAGGGGGAGCUGGGGCUUUGUGUUGCUGAGCUGGAGCCUUUGGCAAGCUGGUUCAGCCCACCUAGCAUUGUGCCAGGACGACAAAAAAACCUGGAAGCAUCUGAGGGCACCCCAGUGGAGCUCUACUACAUCCUGCAAUCCACUGAAGGAGGGGAAUGCCACUCAGAGGAGGCCAAGAAGGAAAACUUCAUCCGCUCAAGCCAGGAAGGGCUGUUUGGUUCCUAUACGUCCACACCACUGAGAAGGAUUGGCGGUGUGAGGCUCUAUCAGAACCCCCUUCCACCCCAACUCGCUGAACACAGACUGGAUCAUAACUUUAUGAUUUUGAUGCCCACCACACCAGUGAGUCAGAGAGAAACCGUCUCAGCCUAUGUCACAGUGUCAGCCUACUCCCCUGUGGAGAUGUUUACGCUCAGAGUAAAGCUGAGAGAAGGAGUGACGUUCCUCGGGGCCCGUCCCAGCAACCCCACACAGUGGAUAGUAAGUCAGGAUGUGAGGAGCGAAGGUCAUCGCGUGGUCACACUCCGCUGCCACAGGAAGGAGUCCAGCUUCGAUCAGCAGAGGGCUGACAUGGGAGUACAGAGGGUGCUGCAGGUGGAUAUGAAAAUGGAAAGUUUCCCAGAGCUGCUGGGAAGCCGCUGGAUGGCGUGGCAGGUGGAGUACCCGGCCAGCCGCUCUGCCACACAGGAGGCUGACACAGAGAUCCGAUUGGCACAAGAGGAUGUGGCAGGCAUCGUGCCCUUGGCUAUGGACUCUGAGAUUUUAAACACAGCAGUUCUGACUGGGAAGACCGUGGCGGUCCCUGUGAAAGUGGUAACCAUCGGAAUAGACGCUUCAGUAACUGAUGUCUCUGACACAGUGACGUGCCGCUCCACAGACGAAGAUGUGGUCAAGGUGUCAGAGAGGUGUGACUAUGUUUUUGUGAAUGGCAAGGAAAUGAAAGGCAAAGUGAAGAUGGCAGUGAACUUCACUUACACCUACCUGAGUGCUCAGCUGGAGCUCAACGUGUGGAUCCCUCGACUUCCCCUCCAGAUUGAAGUGUCUGACACGGAGUUGAGCCAGAUCAAAGGGUGGCGGGUGCCCAUCAUGGCUAGCAGUCCCAGGUCCACACGCAACAGCGAGGAUGAUGAUGAUGAGGACAGACGAGGACGAGGCUGCACCCUGCAGUACCAGCAUGCCAUGGUCCGAGUCCUGACUCAUUUCGUUGCUGAAUCUUCCGAUCCUAGAGGCCAAACCAGCUUCAUGUUGGGCACGGAUUGGCAGGUGGACAUCACAGAGUUAGUGUGGGACUUCCUCAAGGUGGAGGACCCACAGAUCGCAAAGCUACUGGACAGACGGAUACUGGUGGGACGUGACAUGGGAAUGACCACGAUCCAGGUGUUGUCUCCUCUGUCCGACUCAAUCCUGGCAGAGAGGACCAUCACAGUGGUGGAUGACAAAGUGACCAUCGCAGAGUUGGGGGUCCAGCUGGUCACUGGACUCUCCAUGAGCUUGCAGCUCAGUCCGGGAAGCAACAGAGCCAUCCUGGCUACCACGACCGCACAGGAAGUUCUUCAGAACCCCAAACAGGAGGCCUUAAUCAGCGCCUGGUUGCAGUUCAGUGACAGCUCUGUGGCUCCUUUAGACCUGUACAACCCUGACUUUUUCAUCCUGACAGCCACCUCCCUGGAUGAGGACGUGGUGAGGGUACAGCAGGACCCCUCGUGGAAAUGGCCUGUCAUCGUGACUGAGGCAGAGGGCCAAGGCCUUCUGGUCAGGGUGGAAAUGACGGUUUGUGAGAUUUGCCAGAAAUUCAAAAGGCGUAGCGUCCUUGCAGCGGGUAACUGUAAUGUCAAGGUGAAGUUUGGCUCUGAUGACAGUUCAAGAGGAGGGACAAACGAUUACGGCACCGAUGGAGAGGAUAUGGACAACAGAGGCAGGCCGCCCUCACCUGACAGGAUUGGGCUUGACACCCACUUUUAUGGCAGCUCAGUCUCUGACAUGGAGGAAGGGGUGCUGAAUCGGGCCACCACCACAAGAAGCGCGAUCAUUCGGGGACCCAAUGGAGAUAAACUCUCCGGUGAUGGGAGCGAGAGGAUGCCGACUGACUUUGCUGACUUUCCUGCUCAAGUGGAUUUGCCCCGUGGGCGCAACAUGAAUGAUGACCUCAUGCAGACUACUCGGGGUCUCACAGAUCUGGAGAUCGGCAUGUAUGCUCUGCUGGGAGUCUUUUGCCUGGCUAUCCUUGUAUUUCUUAUAAACUGCAUUUCCUACACACUCAAAUACCGUCACAAAGAAUUUUCCAUCGAAGGCCAAGAGAACAUGAACCAUGCCCAUGAUUGGGUGUGGUUGGGAAACGAGGCAGAGUUUCUAGAGAGUGAAAUCAGCUUGUCCCCCCAGCAGGAGGAGCAGACCUCCAUGAUAGACUCCAGCAGCGGGCUGGCGGAAGGCAGCCACUUGUUGAAUGGAGGCUCGGCCCAGAAGAACGUGCAGGGCCAAGUGCACCGGGAGGCCGACACUGGCUGCCAGGCUAAAGAGGGCAAAAGGGAAUCACCCACCACCAAGAGGAAGCGAGUACAGUUCACUACAUUCACCACCAUGCCCUCGGACAGUGGUUACCCGACUGUUAGCACUCUGACUCGAUGCCACAACCAGGACAUUAAGUGGGUGUGUCAGGACGUGAAGCUGGAAGACUCUAAGGAGUUACGUAAUUACAUGGAAAGGUUAAAUGACAGUGCACUAAAAGAAGUGGUAUAAUAGACUCAUGCACUCGUGACAAAAUCACAUGUAUGCCUUUCAUGGGAAAGUAGGUCUGGAUUUAAAGCUAAACUCGGACAUUUGCUUGAGAAUCACAUCCAACCUACCAAAGGCUCAAAAAUAUCAAGCAUUGUAACUUUGCCACAGAUUUAAUGUGAUACAAAGAAAUAUGUCAACGAAUGAGGACUUGGUACUUUUUUCUUUUAUUCAGCAGUUUUUGUUAGCAACUUAUUCAUACAGGUUUUCCCAGUCAUGAGCUGCAGGCACGCCAACCAACCUGUGAACUCCAGAUGGCAUGUAGAUUUUAAAAGAAACAAUAGAUGUUCAGAAUGUUUGUGCACAUUAAAUGGUUUUGAAAGGUUUUGUAACAUGUUGGUUCAGAAUUUGUCCUUCCAGAUUGUUACUGUUUAAGGUGUGGAAAGGCCAACAGAAAACGCCCGCAUGUCCUUUGGAAAGAAAUGGGCACAGCGUUUUGUUCAUCAUCAUCCUCCCAACAAGGCAAAGUGUACAACCUCAUGCAAAAUGCGUUGUAUUGUUGCUCUGUAUAUUGUAUUUUCAUAACAUUUAAGGAAUAUAGAACAAUGUCAAAAGUGUUCAUCAGUUUUUAUUGAGUGCAGCAUCUUAAAACACAUCAUUUGUCUGGAUAACUGUUACUGUUUUGUUCCUG